AUGGGGUUGUUGAAGGAACCUGUUUCCUAUAUGUGCCUUACAAUGAAUAUAAUUGCAAAUACGACUUGGACAAUUAUACAGCACAACAACACCAACUUAACCAGAGUCAAAAGUGCUAAUCGGGAGAACCCACACACUGUGUUUUUCAAGUACACUGCCAACCUGGAACAGCUUCAGGCUACAAUUAACCAUGCAGAACACUGUGAACAGGAGCUUGCUUACCACUGCAAAAAGUCACGGCUUUUAAAUAAGCGAGAUGGGGUUCCAUUGAGCUGGUGGAUUGGAAGAACCAAUGAAACGCAGACUUACUGGGGAGGUUCUCUGCCUACAGUUCAAAAGUGUACUUGUGGAUUGGAAGGGAGCUGCAUUGAUUCCCAGCAUUACUGCAACUGUGAUGCCGACAGAAAUGAAUGGACUAAUGAUACUGGAUUCCUCUCCAAUAAAGAGCAUCUUCCAGUAACUGAAAUUGUUAUCACAGAUACAGAUCGACCAAAUUCUGAAGCUGCUUACAAGCUUGGGCCUUUGCUUUGUCGGGGUGACAGAACAUUUUGGAAUUCAGCCUCCUUCAAUACUGAGACCUCAUAUCUUCAUUUCCCUACUUUCCAUGGAGAACUCAGUGCAGAUGUGUCAUUCUUCUUUAAGACUACAGCUUCUUCUGGUGUGUUUUUAGAGAACCUUGGCAUUAAGGACUUCAUAAGGAUAGAGCUGUAUGCUCCUGCUGCAGUGACCUUUUCAUUUGAUGUGGGAAAUGGACCUAAUGAAGUUACAGUGCAAUCACCCACUCCCUUAAAUGACAACCAGUGGCAUUAUGUGAAGGCUGAAAGAAACAUCAAGGAUGCAUCAUUACAAAUAGAUCAGCUUCCUCAAAGGACUCACAUUGCUCCAUCUGAUGGGCAUAUUCGUUUGCAGCUCAACAGUCAGCUAUUUGUAGGUGGGACUGCAUCGAGGCAGAAAGGAUUCCUAGGAUGUAUUCGCUCCUUGCAGUUAAAUGGAGUAGCCCUUGACAUGGAAGAAAGAGCAAAGAUAACUCCAGGAGUUGAACCAGGUUGUCCUGGACAUUGUAGCAGCUAUGGUAACCUAUGUCACAAUGGAGGAAAGUGUAGAGAGAAAUACAGUGGAUUUUCAUGUGACUGCACAUUCUCUGCUUACACAGGGCCAUUCUGUAAGAAAGAGAUGUCUGCCUAUUUUGGAGCCGGUACCUCAGUGACAUAUAAUUUUCAAGAAUAUUACACCUUAACUAAAAAUUCUAGUUCACAUGCUUCUUCUUUUUAUGCUGACAUGACCUUGAUCAGGGAAGCAAUCACAUUUACCUUUCGGACAACAAAGACUCCAAGCUUACUGCUUUAUGUGAGCUCUUUCUACAAAGAGUAUCUCUCAGUUAUUCUUACCAAAAACGGAAGUUUACAGAUCAGGUACAAGCUAGAUAGCCAUCAAGAUCCUGAUGUCUUUAGCAUCAAUUUCAAAAGCAUGGCCGACGGGCAGCUUCACCAUGUGAAGAUUAACAGGGAGGAAGAAAUGCUCUUUGUAGAGAUUAACCAGAAUGAAAGGAUGAAAUUUAUUCUGUCUUCAGGUACAGAAUUCAAUGCAAUCAAAUCUCUCAUACUUGGCAAGAUUUUAGAAAAUAGUGAUGUAGAUGAGGAGACUAUGAAGGCAAACUCUCAGGGGUUUAUUGGAUGUCUCUCUUCAGUGCAGUUCAACCACAUUGCUCCUUUGAAGGCUGCAUUGCACCAUAGCAGCUCAGCCCCAGUCAGUGUAAAGGGACGCUUCACUGAAUCCAACUGUGGUACUUUAACUGCAGCUGACUCAACAUCAAGUGAAACAACCCAUUCAUUUGCAGAUCAUUCUGGACCAAUAGAUGAGGGAGAGCCCUUAGCUAAUGCAAUCAGAAGUGACUCUGCAAUUAUUGGAGGUGUGAUAGCAGUUGUGAUAUUCAUCCUGCUUUGUAUUGCUGCCAUAGCCACACGCAUUUAUAAAAAAAAAAGCAUAUAUAAGAAAAAUGAGGCAAAAGGAUCAGAAAAUGAGGACAGUGCCGAGUCUGCCCUGAAAAGUGAGCUCAGCAUGCAAAAUACAGUCAACGAAAAUCAAAAGGAAUACUUCUUCUGAUUGGCACUUAUGAUUUAAUUUAAUAUAAUAAUGUCACAGUCUGACUUUCUUGCUAAGCCAGGGGCUCUCAAUGGACAAAAAAGCUCUUGCACUCAAAGUAAAUGCAAUGGAUUUGAGACCUAUUAUACUGCAUAUGUUCAGUCUCAGUGAUUGCUAUAGGAGGCCUCUUUAAAUUACAUGCAUUCCUUAGCUAUUAUACCGUAAAUGCAUUUUAUGUAACAGUGAAUUAGAUAUUGUAACCAAUUUCAUUGUUGAUAGUUUCCGACUGUUCUGAUGUGACCUUCUACAAUUGAAGUUUAACGUGCAUACUGAAUAUGGUUUUUAAAUGGGAAAAUUGUUAUGAAGUGAUUGGCCCCGUCCUUCUCUCUAAAAUCUAUAAUUCAGGACUUUUAUUCAAGGUAAAAAGUUGGAUUACAAUGUUUUGCUUUAGUCAAGAAAGUAUUCUAUAUUUCUCAAUAGUGAUGCCUAGUGAAUUUCUGAUAUCAAAAAUACCCUUUCAACCAGUGUUGGCUAAUGUCAACAUCUACAAGUGCUCAAAACUGAACAAAACUGUUACUGUUUUUCCUAUGAGGAGACCUCUGUAGUUAUUAUCUGAUCAGUAUUUAAUCUGGAUGUGGAGAGUGGGGUAAUUUUGUCAAUUUUGCCCCCUUUAUUCAAUUCUCCCUGAUAUGACUAAAGUCUUCAGCUACUGGACUGAGUUUUAAAGUUUGCAAGUCUAUUGGGGCCUAUGUGGAAGGGUGCACUGAGUGCACUGGUAUGUUAUACAAUCUCUUUUUGUAAUAUAUUUCCACGCAUGGUUUAGUGGUGGCAGCAGGUUAUAACCUAACACCUCUAUGCAUUGUUGCAGAAUUAUGCCUGCUCAAGUUCAUGCUGUUCAUUUAAAAAUAAGAGCAAAAUAUUAUUCAUGUUUGGUUUAUAAUUAAUAAGAGCAGCAAAAGUUGUGCAAGCAGAUUUUGUGCGUGACUUGGCAAAUAUUGGAAAUAAGAAAUGUAACAAUGCUGCUUAUGUGUAAUUGUUUCCAUUCACUACAAAGGGUAUACUCUGAAAACAUAAUGUGUAAUCCUCCCCAAAUCUCAAGCUUAAUUUCCAUACAGCAAAGAAAAGACAUUUCUUUUUUUGAUACUGGCAAGAUGAGAUAUUUGAAAACUAGUACACUUGCUAAUAAGCUAACUGCACCCAUUAACAGCACCUAUUUUACCGUAUUUACUCAAAUCUAAGAUGGCUCUGGAUUUCAGAUGCCCCCUCCCCAAUAAUUAGAUUCUAUGUAUGGAAAAUGUACAUAUUUGCUAUAAUUGUCCAGGUAUAUAAUCUAAUUAUUGAAAGUUAGUCUUGAAUUUGUACCAUACCCUCCUCCCCCCCGUAGGGAAAAUAGUGGCUGGGGCGGCGGGGUGGGGGUGUCAGGCAGUCCCCUUGCCCUCUGUGCCCCUCCUCCCCAAUUGUUUAUUCCUGUAGCUCCUUCACCCUCCUUUCUGUCAGACACUGCUUGGGCUCUGUUCCCUCCCUGACCACAUGCCUGAUGCACAUGGGAAGAAGGGGAAGAAGGGGCAGAAACUGCUGAAAACAAGCAGAAAGUACCUUAAAAUGUAAGGGACCAAAACUUAUUGACUUUGAAAUAAGUAUAGUUGUAGUGGUUUGCAUUACUAUGGGUCCCUACUUCCUCAAAAAUUGAUGCAUUUUAUCUUUUUUGCUAACUGCUGCAAGUUUCAGCAAAGUUACUCCAUAAACACACUUUUGAGCAGAACUUUUGCACCUACUUACACACAAACUAUUCAUGAUACUAAACCAAAGCCAAAAUGCUCAUUAUUUAUUACUUAGUUCAUUGGGUUGGGCCUCAGCAGAGUCGACAGUGUUUCAAGCCAUGGUGACUCUACAGCCCAGCACUGCUCAGUAUAUGUACUCCAGAUACUUCCCCUCUUCUUGCAAAAGAUAAAUGUUCUAAUUAGCCCCACAAUUGUCUCUGGAACCAAGUUUUCUUGUCCUGAGUCCUGGGUCCCUCCAAAAUGUAUAUGCAGAUGAUGUGCAGGGCACCUGUCACUGACUGGCCAAGAGACGGGCAACAGAGCUUCUCAUCUACACAGAUAUUUGGUGAUGUUUGCCAAACAUUUAAGGCUGGUGAAGAAACAGGAAUUAUUGGAAAUGCGGAAGAAUGGCACUGCUUAGCUGUGGGAAUGAAGAGGAAGUCUAAAUAUAAUUGAUGUAGUAGUUCAUCAUGUGCUUAAAAAGAGUUGGUGCUGAUAGGGACUGAUCACAAUGGACAUUAUAUCUUAUUCAGGUGGACUGCACUAAUCUAGUCUUGUGGUAGGUUCUCAUCUAUAUAUUUGCUCAAUAUGGGCCAUAUGUUUUACAGAUACGCUCAGUUUCAUCUGCGUUGAAUCAGCUUCAUAGCUGGUUGCCAUUACUGAGCAUAUUUUGCUUCUGGCAUCAGUUUAGUGAUAGACAGUGCAUUUGAUGAUAAUUUUUGUAUGCAAACAUAAAAAGGGGAUUUUUUUUCUGUGCUGAUUGGAGGGAAAUCCUCAUUUUACAUUUGAGUAAAUAUGGUACUUCUUAUUGGGUAAAUACUGCUUAACUGUAAAUUACUGUUUGAGCCAAAUAUACAAUCACUAGUGUAGAAGUUUGAAAGUGUGGCCUUCAAGACUGAGUCAUAAUUUUACACACACAAAUUGUUAGACGUUCUUUUUCGAGAAUAAAACUUUCUGUCCCUCGAGUUUGAUUUUAAGCAAGCAAAUAGCAUUUAUGUUUGUUGUUUUGAAACUCAGAAACUAGAGUUCCAAAAGCAGUCAGAGCUGCCCUAACUUUUCUCCUGUUAAAGCCAAUGCUAAUUGAUUUAGUGGGGAUAGAGUUAGAGCAGCACUGAACACUUUUUCAACUCUCUCCCCAGUUGCCCACAUACAAAAAUCUUGGGUAAUAUGGGCAAGGUUUUGCAUGUCCACAGUUGCUUUAAAAAACUGUGGAUAUGCAAAUGUAGAGAUCAAAUUAAAGCCUUUUUAAAAAUGUGGCCUUUUAAAAGUUGGUUUUCCUUCUUAAAUUAUUGCCUUUUAUUUUUAGAAUUUAAUAGUCUCUUUUCUACUUCUUGUUGUAAAAUGCUUGUUCAUUUCUAAGGGACAAAUUCCUUCUUUUUUGGUAACACUGGAUCCUCUCCGAUCAUGCAGCCUUCAAGCUGAGGCAGACAGUCCCACACUGUUCCUCUCCUUUUGCAGGGCUGAGUUUCUCCCAUAUUUCUCGGUUCAUAAUUAUUAAGCAUAAUUUGAUGGCAGUGAUAACUAGUCUAGUUUUAAUGCUUCCCCUUUGCUAGCCCCACCUCUUCUGGCUACCCUUAAAUCCCUUUUAAAAUAGAUUCCCUCUACCUCUCUCCUCCUUUUACAGGCCUACUCCAAAAUGUAUGGAAUGGGGAUGCUUCCAUUUGGAGUUCAGAUGAGGCCCUUUCUCAUUCAUGAACCUGCCCUUCCUUAUCGCUUUAGUGUGCUCUUAUGGUUUGCUUCUGUCCAUCUAUAUGCAUUUUCUGUAUCAAGGAGACAGUUGGUGUAGGAGCCACAUUAGUCUAUAUAAACAUUUAUCAAUCAGAGGUGCAUUAGUAAUCCUAUGGAGCAGGACUAGACUGGGAUGCUUAAUGCUUAGUUAGCAUGCUGCCACCACAAUGGCUUAUUAGAUUCAAUUCUAAAAGACACAGUAUGCCAUAUGGGCACUUCCCACAUACUAAUCAAGUUGGAACUGGGAAUCCAAAGUGUAACCACACCAGGACAAGUUGGAAAUAUGCAAAUUUAACUUUCCAGUUUCAUGUUGUUUCUUCUUCCAUUUAUUUGUGUUAAUUCUGGUUUUGUGUGUCUAAAUGCAGAGAAAAGUUUCUUUCACUAUAUUCUAUCAAAAAAAUGAUUUCCUUUCGCUAUUCUUUGAAGUCUAUUUUUUUUUAAGUAUUAGGUAGGCAAUAGCUCAGUAAAAGACCCGAUUUCUCUUUAUAAUUAAAAAAGGAAAGAAUAAAUGUCUGUAUGAAUGAUACACUAUUUCUCUCAAAGAAAAAUGUUCUAGCAUUUUAUUGUGUGAAGGAUUCUAGAGAAAAAGAGAGAUGAGUUUUGUUGAAUGCACAUUUGUAAUGCGACAUACAACAAUGGCGUUUCUUAGAGGGAACAAAUGCCCAUUUUCAUCCAUUGAAAAUGUAAUAAUAAAUUCAGCAUAUUGAGUCCACAAUAUGCAGGUUCAAAAUCAGUGAAGCAGCAUUAUCCACUAUUUCCUGCAUUCUUAUAGGUACAACAAAAUGGUGGCACCAAAGUGCACUGAAACAUCAUACACCAUUAUACUGUCCCUUCUUAUUAUAGUAUGUGACUUUUCACCUCUCUGUUAAUAAACAAACAAUUUUUAAACUAAAGUGAGGAAAAUAUUUUUAAAAAAUUUGUAUAAAAGUUUAAAACUGAGGACAAUAUACUGAUUCAUUUUUUUUAAACAGUAAAAAUGUAGAA